AUGUUUUGGUCUCUUUUAAGUUUAUUAUUGUUAUUUUCCAUUGGCCAAUCAAUUCCCAUUAUUAAAAUAAAUCAUUCUAUACUAAUCGGUAUGACAAAUCGAACGAUAUUCAAUACAACACAAAAUAAAUGUAUUUGUGAAAUGUUGACAUCGAAUGGACUGAUAUCCGCAAUAAAUUAUUUUUCAAUCAAUCAAACUUGCCAACUAUUCACUUCGAAUAAUACUUCGAUUGUUGUGGAUUUUUCUUCAAUUUCAUCGUUGAUAUUUAUUAAUAGAACAGAAAUAUUAAUAACAAAAUAUAUGACAACUUCAACAACAUCAUCAACAACGUCAACUACAACAAGUGGAUGCAGUCCAAUGUUACUCAGUCAGACAAUUUAUUCAAUUGGAAAUGGAACAAACUAUGUGGCAAUAGACGAUAUUAAUGACGACAUGAAAUUAGAUAUUCUUACAGCCAAUACAGUGUCAAAUAAUAUGGGUGUGCUCCAAAAUAAAGGAAAUGGUACAUUUUAUUCCCCAACACUUUAUACAGUAGGUACUCGACCAUAUGCAGUAGCUACUGGUGACCUUAAUAACGAUAAUAAGUCUGAUGUUGCUGUUACAAAUAAUGGGGUAGCUACUAUUGGUAUUCUUAUAAAUAAAGGCAAUGGCACCUUUUAUCCUCAAUAUACUUUAUCAACUUAUGGUUCUCCAAAUCCACUUGUUAUAAUUGAUAUUAAUAAUGAUAAUCUAUCUGAUAUUCUUUAUGCGUCCUGGUAUACGGCUACUGUUAAUAUUUUCUUCAAUAAAGGUAAUGCGACAUUUUCUCCUCAAACUAGUUACACAGUUGGUACUAAUCCAUUCGUAAUUCAAGUCAUUGAUAUUAAUAAUGAUCAUUUAUUAGACAUUCUCGUAGCAAAUCAAGGUUCAAACAGUAUCAGUAUUCUUAUCAAUGGAGGAAAUGGUAGUUUUCUUCCUCAAACGAUUCUUUCAGUCGGUAGUGGUAUCGUUCCACGUGCAUUCGUAGCUGGUGAUCUAAAUGGUGACAACAUUUCUGAUAUUACUACAGCUAACGCGGAUUCAAACACCGUCAGCGUUUUCAUUAAUCGUGGCAAUGGCACGUUUUUCAAUCAAAUUAGCUAUAGCGUUCUUGGUAAACCAUUUGCAAUACAAAUACAUGAUAUGAAUUUCGAUAACAAACCUGAUGUCAUUGUUGCUAAUUAUGUUUCUAACAAUAUUGGUAUUCUCAUAAAUCAAGGUGAUGGUACGUUUUUGAAUCAAACGACUUUUUCGGUUGGAAUUAAUCCGUCAUCAUUGGUCAUCGUUGAUAUCAAUGAAGAUAAUAAGCCGGAUGUGAUUGUUACAAAUUCUGGUUCAAAUAAUGUUGGUAUACUCUUGCAUUGUUAA